UCAAUAUUAUGCUAUGGACACAAUGUAUUUUCACCCUCAAAGAAUAUUGUUAUCCAAUUAGUUUGAAGACAACUAAACGAUAGUCAACUCCAAAUGAAACUCUUAUCGCUCAUUCUCAAAAACGAGACAUGCAAAACUGAAUACUGAGCUAAAAAAAUUUGCUGUUUUGUUUGCUCAAACGCUAAGGAAAAUAACGAAAUUCCGAAUUUAUCCUCAAAAGAAAUGGCUAAUUACUCAAAGGCUCACGUUUGCCAGUGUUUGAGCCGGUUGCUGACGGUUCGCCGGAACUCAACGGUGAUGAUAAUGGGAGAAAGGAGGAAGACCGGCAUGGAAUUUGUUGAAGGAGUUUUGGGCCUGGCCCAUGGGCUUCUUCAACUGGGCCUUAAGCCCGGUGACGUAGUUGCCAUUUCUGCUCUUAACAGUGAUCUGUACUUGGAAUGGUUACUCGCAGUGGCGUAUGUAGGAGGAAUUACUGCACCUUUCAAUUACCGUUGGAGCUUGGAAGAAGCAAGAACAGCUCUUCAGGUAGCAAAGCCAACAAUGUUGGUCCACGAUGCAACCUGUAAUUUCUGGAAGUUCGGGUCCUAUGAUGAUUCUGUGCCUUCUCUGAGGUGGCAAGUCCUAAUGGAUAAUCCUAGUGUAGUUAAUAGCACUAAGAUUGGACUAACUACUAAACAGCUUAAAAGAAGUUUCAAAAGGCAUUUAGUAGCAGACUACCUGUGGGCACCUCAGGAAGCUGCUAUAAUAUGCUUUACCUCAGGAACCACCGGGAGGCCAAAGGGAGUUACCAUAAGCCAUUCAGCUUUGGUGGUUCAAUCUCUUGCAAAAAUUGCAAUUGUUGGUUACGGUGAGGAUGAUGUCUAUUUACACACUGCACCACUGUGCCACAUUGGUGGUAUAUCAUCAGCCUUGGCCAUGUUAAUGGCAGGGGGUUGUCAUAUUCUACUGCCAAAGUUUGAAGCUAAAUUGGCUAUUGAAUCCAUAGAGCAGCAUAAUGUUACUUCUUUUAUCACAGUUCCAGCUAUGAUGUCUGAUCUAAUCUCUUUUUAUAGGACAAAGCACAUAUAUGUAGGGUCCAAAUCUGUGAAGAAGGUUCUUAAUGGAGCUGGGGGUCUUUCAUCUGAUCUUAUCAAAAAUGCGAUUGAGAUUUUCCCGAGGGCUAAACUUCUUUCAGCCUAUGGAAUGACCGAGGCAUGUUCUUCUCUAACUUUCAUGACUCUUUAUGACCCGACGAAAGAGAGCUGUGUCCAGAACUCUUGUGCCAAUAGCUCCAAUUUGACACAUAAACCAGAUAGUAUCUGUGUUGGAAAGCCUGCUCCACAUAUUGAAAUAAGGAUUGCUGGGGAUGAUUCCUCUUGUAUAGGGAGGAUUUUGACACGAGGACCCCAUGUAAUGCUUGGAUACUGGGGUCAAAUGCCAAGCAAGAAUUCUUCUCCAACUGAUGAAUGUUGGCUUGACACUGGUGAUAUAGGGCAUAUAGAUGAUUGUGGAAACGUCUGGCUCAUUGGGCGUUUGAUGGGUCGAAUAAAGAGUGGGGGUGAAAAUGUUUAUCCGGAAGAGGUGGAAGCUGUCUUAUCCCAACAUCCAGGGAUAUCUGCUAAUGUUGUUAUUGGGCUUCCUGACUCUCGCUUGACCGAGAUGGUUGUUGCCUGUAUUAGGCUCAAAGACAAUUGGCAGUGGACUGAUUCGAGUUCUAAUCAUCCGGUUAACAAGAAGGAGAAUUGUCUGUCCAGCACUCUCCUCCAGAACUUCUGUAGAGCGAAAGAUUUGACGGGGUUCAAAAUACCCAUGAACUUUGUAUUGUGGAAAAAUCAAUUUCCAGUGACAACAACAGGGAAAUUAAGAAGAGAUCAAGUCAGAGCAGAACUUAUGUCUUAUAGGCAGCUACAGCCCAGCAGACUAUGACUCCGCCAAAUUCUCCUCUUGCAUUUGUUUUGAGCAACUAACGACAUGGUAAGAGAAUACAUAGAAACAAAUACUGGGAAUUAUUUGACAUGGUGCUCGGAAACUAUGCGGCUGUUCCUCAACAAUCAAAAAUAAUAUUCAGCUGUUCCUCACAUAAAUUAUCCAUUUAAUUCUCCAUCUCAGGUUAAUAAAUGUGUAUUAGUUAUUUCCCCAUUAAGUUGUAAUCGACGAGAUACUUUUAUUUCGUUACUCAUAUAUACCCAUACAAAUUCUUCUUUAUUCUAUGUACCAUCAAGCUAAAUAACAUCCUGAUUCAUUGAAUCUGAAUGAUCAUGAAGUUGAAUAUCGUAGUGCACUUCUUUCCCCAAUUUCUGUUAUUUCUUGUUUAUUAGUCUUUGCUAGUCAUUGUAGAAGCUCAUCAUUAUUGCAGGAAGUCAAAUGAAAUAACUGAUUCUGAGUAGUAGUUACUUUUGAAAAUUAACGGUGCCAAAGCAAUUAUCAUCUUGCUAAGAAGUUCCAUCAUUUAAGCAUAUGGAGCGGCAUUAUGAAAUGCAUACUACCUUAGUAGGCCAGAAACGGCUCUGGCAAUAUCAGUAAUUGCCAGUAGCUUUUACAAGUUAUUCGCCGUAGGUUAUGUGUACAUGAAAGAGAGUUUCUGACGAUGUGUAUAAACAUCUGAAUAACUCAAGAUCAUAUCUAUUAGAUUUUUGCCAAGUCGGCUCUCACGUCAAGCCAUGACAACAUAGUAUUGAAAACAAGCUCCACGCUUUCAUUUGGUUCACCUAUCAAUUGGUGCCACAUUCCUGGGAAAAUCUUCAUAGUCUUAUCUUUACUUCCUGCUGAUUCAUACACAAGUGUAGCAGCUUCAGGAUCACAUACCUUAUCAUCCCCACCUUGAAGAAUCAGCAAAGGGACUUCUAGUUCAUGAGAGUUCCUCUGUAUAUAUUUACAGACUUUGAGAAGCUCUAAUGCAGUGGCAGCUGGUGGCUUUUGGGAAGCCACGCAAUUUGGACUUUUUGAGACUAUUUUUCUCUUCCAUCCCUCCUUGUAUGAUUUUGAUCCAGGUGGUUUGGUGAUCACAAUCCUCCAAGAUGGUGCUACGAAGGCGGCCAACGGUAGUAGCUUCUCCAGUGGCCAAACAGGUUUGUAUUUCUUUGACACUCCACACAUUGGUCCACUUAAAACUAAACCUUUCCAUACAGUCUUUUGCCUUAGACAUAUGAGUGUAGCAAUUGCACCACCUAAUGACUCACCAUACAGGAAAGCUGGGAGCUUCGGGUGAUUGGCACGAGCAGAGUCGAAGUACUGUAUGCAGUCUUCGACUAAGGGUUGAAUACUCGGAAUGUAGCCAGGUGAGCCUUCUGAGUAACCGUGACCUUGUAGGUCAAGAGCACAAACGAAAAAUCCGGCUUUCGCCAUUGCUACUGCAUUUAGCUCAAAAAGCCAGCUGCUUUCGGAUGUAUAACCAUGAAUCAUGCCCACAAGACCUCUUGACUGAAUACUUUCAGACUGCCAAGAUUGUGUGAAUAUCUUCAUGUUUUGUUUGUUUAACAUGAAGCUUUCUUUAUGCAUGAUUUUCUGUUGCUUGUAAAACUCUUCUCUUGUAAGGUCUCCGUAUGGGCUGUUCUCGUUAGCUUGGAAAAUUGGAUGAGACAUAGUGUACUAAUGAGUUUGUCUGUU